ACAAAAUAACGGGCGGAUGGGGAGACCCCGUUCUAAAAAUAAACAAACAAAUAAUGUACAGAGCUCCUCGCCCUAUCACAGGGCCCCACUAUAGAAUCUGAUGGGAUUAAAUUAGUAUAUUCGGGGCUCUCAUCAGAAACAUAUUUUAGUACAUACGACAAAAUGUAUACUUUUCGAAUUGUAAUGACAAAAAUGCAAAUUAUUGCUGUCAUACACACUGUCACUUGAUCUCGUUUCCACCCUCUUCUUACUCUUACCACCAGCCUUCUAUCAUUCUGACUCUUAUUCUUUCUUUUGACGUCUAGUGUACAAAGCAGAUGAUUUCUGAGAGGUUUGGCCGUGGAUUACGGACCGUGGAUCUCGAAUUAGAGGCUCAGAUUGAUGUACUGCGGGACACCAAGCGCAAAUAUGAGAACAUCCUGCGGCUGGCAAGGGCGCUCACCAACCACUUCUACAGCAUGGUGCAGACGCAACGUGCGCUAGGGGACACCUUCUCUGACCUGAGCCAGAAAUCACCUGAAUUACAGGACGAGUUUGGAUACAAUGCUGAGACACAGAAACUGCUGUGUAAGAAUGGGGAAACCCUUCUCGGGGCCAUCAAUUUCUUUGUUUCCAGCAUAAACACACUGGUCAACAAAACAAUGGAGGACACGCUGAUGACUGUCAAACUCUAUGAGAAUGCAAGGCUGGAAUUUGAUGCCUACCGAGCAGACUUGGAGGAGUUAAAUAUGGGUCCUCGUGAUGCUGUCACCCUUUCCCGCAUUGACACAGCACAGCAGCAGUUUCAGAUACACAAGGAAAAGUAUGAGAGGCUGAGAAGUGACGUCACCGUCAAACUCAAGUUUCUGGAGGAGAAUAAGGUGAAGGUGAUGCACAAGCAACUGCUCCUGUUCCACAACGCAAUCUCAGCCUACUUUGCAGGGAACCAGCAGCAGCUUGAACUGACCCUCAAGCAAUUCAACGUCAAGCUAAAGCCCCCUGGUGCAGACAAACCAUCGUGGUUGGAGGAGCAAUGAGAUCUCAC